AUGCGAUUAUAUGGAGUCUAUGGAGGCUUUAUUCGCUUAUGUAGCCGAUUGAAAAAUCUGAUGAACUGGAUUGCUCGUUCCUCUUCCGAGACAUCGCAAAUGAUUCAUCGAGGCUGUCUGAGAAAGAUCAAUGAGGAAUCUAAUUGGUGCUCAAAACCAGGAGAAUCGAUCAUAGCAAAGAUUGAAGAUGGAAACACUAUCGUAGAUACAUUACAAUAUUGCAAAGUUCGGUCAUCGAUUAUUUCUAAGCCGUCUUAUUAUGACGUCAUAAAAUUAGAUGACAUUUCAUUGUUUCCAUUGUUCUACAAGCCUGGAUCAGAGGGUGAUCUAAAUAUCCAUCCUAAGAACAGUACGAUUGUCUUGUAUCAAAGAAGAGGUCGUAAUACCUUUUUCUGGGAAUGCGUAGGAACAAUAAAAAAUCAGUUUCUGAGUAGUAUGAAAUCAGUAAUCUGGAACACGAGAAUUACUUCAUGCAUGAAGUAAAAACACAACUAUAUUAAUUACGAAAGUAUAAAAUAAGAGUGAAAUGAAUAUUUUUCAAACUCGAAAUUCUUCCGAAAGAUAAUACAAUUUAAUAUUAUAAUAUCCAGUUUUCAUGUAAAGUUUAUCAUGUAUGUCCGUGUACUUUUAUAUUGUCCGAAAAAAAUAAU